AUGACGAGACCAGUGGACGCACAGACGCUGACGUGUCAGCUUACAAAGCAGCGCGUCAAUCGACGGGGCCGAAAGGGUACAAGUAGCGGCCGCUACGAGCUCAUCUUCGUCUCCUCCCCUCUCCCUCACGGAACUGGUUUCCCCAAAGCUUGCACCAUCAGCGCUCAUCGACCCUCCACUUUGCUUCUUGACACAUCCACUGGUGAGAGAGGAUCGAGUGCGCUAAUCUUAGGAAAAGCCUCCUGACCUCUGCGCCUCUUCUACCCUUACAGGUUUGGAUCUCUCUUCCUCCCCUCCACCUCCCUCCCAUACAAUGCAGCCCAUCCUCUUGUUCCUCUUUGCCUUUUCGGCGCUUGCCUCCUUUUCCCUCGGCAUGCCUCUCGGGGACACCGAUGCCUCUUAUGCCUACGGACCCCUCAUGAGCCGCGACUGCUCGUGCAAGGGCAUGACCAUCAGUACGCCGCCGAUAGAUCAGCUUCCCAAAUGUGCCGACGGCAGCAGGGCACAAUCGGGCAUCAUAUGCUGCAAAGUCUACACCCACUGCCCAGCUCCCAAGGCACGUGCCGUCGCGCAACAGGCCCGUCAAGAAGGUCAAGCUGCCGCACUCGAAGCGCGGCUUGUCAAGGUUCCCGAGGCUGCACCGUCAGCUCCGCCACAGUCUCUUGAAGAACGUCAAGCUUCACCACUUGAAGCGCGGCUCAUCACGACUCCCCCGGAGCAGGGCCCAGGACCGCAAGCUUCUUGCGACUGCACGGGCAAAGAUUUGAAAUCCGAAACGAAUGCACCACCUCAAUGCCCGUCAGGUAAAAAGGCACGAAGAUCCACAUGGUGCUGCGAUGCUUACUACAAUUGCGAGUGA